UGGGCCUUGGUGUUCAAUUGUGCAUCUGUCAUUUGUAACAGACAAUGCCCUCUUCACCAUGACCCAAGUUCUACCCCUGAAGGGUUUAUUAUCAUGACCAGUGUCAGCCAUUAUUGUGACAGGCUCAUGACACUAUCCAACCUCAGUAUUCAGUUGCAAUAUAACUCGGGUACUAUGGUUGGCUGCUCUAGACACAUUGUCAGGCAUAGUGUCACAUACACCAGUGAUUGCAUUGUAUGGGCUUGGUUCAUG